AUGUUAUUUACGGAAAGAGGCCCCCACAACCACAACAGAAAUAUGAGAGAGAGAUCCAACUAUCCAACUAUCCAAGAGAGAGAAACAAAAAAAGGGAAAUUUAGAAAUCCUAACAACUGAAAUAUUGAGAGUGAGUGAGAGAGAGAGAGAGAGCGAUUGCCGAUGAAUGUGGCGUCAAAGCAGUAGAGAGAAAGAGAGAGCCAUGCAUGCGAGAACGUCAUUUUCACUCUUCCACCUCAAAAUCUGAAUCUACAACAAACCAAGAACGCGGUUUUAACGCCAUUUUUGUUGUAUUUUCUCUUAAAUUUUGUCAUUUUGUGAUUUUUUUUUUUUUAAAUCCAUGUUCUCCCUCCCAUUUUUCUUUUUGAUCGUCUCAUUCAUCAUUGAUCAUAAUAGUAUAUAGUUCCUACCUUUUAUAGUUGAAUGGUCUUAGUUAAUUGCUUUUAGUUUUACAUUUUUUGCGGUGGCUUCUAGUUUUAGAAGAUCUCGGUUUUAAGAAUGGUUUCAGUGGGUUUUGCUUUUCCGAUCUCUGGUUCUCUGAGGAUCUGGAGAUCCAAUCUUGUCAGGUUUUCGGUUCUUCUGAUGCUUCAUUAUUUGUUUUAAUUGAUUUGGUUUAGAAUCUAGUUUUUCUUUGUUCGUCUCGGCUCCUCUGCAAUUCUCUGGCAAAACAGAUGAGUUGCUUUUCUUGUUUGAGACCUAGCCGACGAAAGGACAUCAACAAAAUUGAAGACAGCAACGGCCUUCGAUCCAACUCUCGAUAUUCCAUUGGUCCUUCUGAACGUACCAGGGGAAGGGGUUUCCAAAGCGGUAAAAGUAACGAUUCCGUCAGCUACAAUUCUGCUGCUGCCCGUAGUUUUACAUUUCAUGACCUUGCAACGGCUACUCGAAACUUCAAGCCUACUAAUUUGAUAGGGGAAGGGGGUUUUGGAAGGGUUUACAAAGGGCGCUUGGACACAGGCCAGAUUGUUGCAGUUAAACAACUUGAUCAAAAUAGCCUUCAGGGGAAUCAGGAAUUUGUUGUGGAGGUUCUCAUGUUGAGCCUUCUACACCAUACCAAUCUUGUCAAUUUGAUUGGUUACUGUACUGAUGGCGACCAAAGACUCUUGGUUUACGAGUACAUGCCAAUGGGAAGUUUGGAGGAUCAUCUGUUCGAUCUGGACCCUGGCAAAGAGCCGUUGGAAUGGAAUACACGGAUGAAGAUUGCUGUUGGUGCAGCUCGGGGCCUUGAGUAUCUGCAUUGCAGGGCAAAUCCACCUGUUAUCUACCGUGAUUUGAAAUCUGCAAAUAUAUUGUUGGACGAUGACUUUAACCCCAAACUCUCUGAUUUUGGACUUGCUAAACUGGGUCCUGUCGGUGACAAAACUCAUGUUUCAACAAGGGUGAUGGGGACAUACGGCUACUGUGCCCCAGAAUAUGCAAUGAGUGGUAAGCUGACGCUCAAGUCUGAUGUAUAUGGCUUUGGUGUGGUUCUGCUGGAAUUGAUCACAGGAAGAAAGGCAAUUGACCUUACUAAGGCACAGGGAGAGCAGAAUCUGGUUGCUUGGUCUCGUCCCUACUUCAAAGACCGGAGGAAAUUUGUUCAGUUGGUUGAUCCCCUGCUGCAAGGCCGUUUCCCUGUUCGCUGUUUGCACCAUUUAAUUGCCAUAACUGUGAUGUGUCUUCAAGAGCAGCCAAAUUUUCGGCCUCUAAUGGGGGACGUUGUUGUUGCUUUGGAAUACUUGGCCUCUCAACCAUACAAAUCAGAAACAUACAGCAGUUGGAAAUGCAGUCCAUCACCAUCAUCACCUUCCGAACGAGAUAAGAGCAAGAUUUUUCAAGAUCCAGAUGCUAGAAAGUCUGUUUAAAGGUUGUGAAGCAGAAGAAGAAUGAGACCUCUAAUCAAGUGGAGGCACUAGGUAACUUAUAUGGGCAUUUUAUCUUCAGUUGGUCACAGCAGGGUUUUCCCUACAAUUAGAAGAAACAAAGAAUCUAGCCUUGUUGCUGUUUGGAGAAACUAUAAGAAGGAAAGAAGGGUUCCUGUUGUUCUAUAUGCUUGCAUACAUGCAUUGUAUAUGAAUAUCAUUGCCAGAGGUUUUUUUUUUUGGAAGGGGGGGGGGGUGUGUGUGGAAGAAGGGGAGAAGAGAAGGGAUAGGAACACUGAAAAUAACAUAAAAUGGAGAAUACAUAGUGAAAAAAAAUUGCUCGUGAGGUUCUAAUCUUGCUCACUAGAGUUGUACACUUUGGUCCUAUGAUUCCUUUUCAAGACCAUUUUCAACUCAUUCAAUAAGGGGAAAACUGGAAAUCCUAUUUAUCUAAA